GUCUUGCCACAACAACCAAAGUGAAAUAAAGUAGUAUACAUUUAAAUACACAUUUAUAUCAAGUUAUUGCACAAAAUUCUUAAGCAAAAAUGUUUAUCAGUGGUAAAGUGGCUUUUGUGACUGGUGGAGCAAAUGGAAUUGGUUUAUGUUAUGUAAAAGAGUUAUUAAAAAAUUCCGCAAAGGGUGUUACAAUUGCUGAUUUAGAUGCGAAGCAAGGACAGAAAAUUGUUGAGGAAUUAUCAAAAGAAUAUGGUAAAAACAGAGUUAUUUUUGUUAAAGUUGAUGUUACCAACAAAAAAGAACUCAAUGAUGGAAUGAAAAAAACCGUGGAAACUUUCAAAAAUUUAGACAUAAUUAUAAAUAAUGCUGGAAUAAUGAAUGAUGCUAUUUGGGAAAAAGAAAUUGAUAUUAACAUUAAAGAGUCCAUACAUGGUUGUUUAUUAGCGAUGGAUGAAUACAUUCCAAAAUAUAAAUCCUCAUCAGAGGGGGUAAUUGUUAAUAUUUCUUCAACUUUAGGUAUAGAACCUUGUGGAGGAUUACCUGCCUAUACAGCAACUAAACAUGCAAUAAUUGGAUUAAGUAGAUCUUUAGCACAAUUAAACAACAAAAACGUUAAGAUACUUACAAUUUGUCCUGGACCCACUGCAACAGCAUUACUUGAUGAUCUAUUUAAUAAAACACCAAAUACUUCACUUGAAAAGUAUUCUAAUGUUAUAAAACAACAAUUGGCUUCAAUAAAAGGAAUGCAAGAAGCACCUGCGGUAGCCGAAUAUGUUAUUAAAUUAAUUGGUGAUGCAAAAAAUGGAACAAUUUGGGUUAUAGAAAAUAAUGAAAUAAAUGAGGUUAUUAUUCCGGACAAGGAAGGUCUUUUAAAAAAAUGUUAAAAGAAGAUUAAGUUUAUAAUGAUUUAUAAUUUGUGAUUAAAUCACCAAAAUAGAUGUUUAAUUUCACUUAUA